AUGUCUGGUUUUGAUAUUGCAACUUUUCUCGAUAAGAAAAAUAGAAUAUUACCCAAACCCUUUAAUAUUCGUCUAGAUUUUGAUAUGAGAUCAUUUGACACUUUAUCUACCAUAAAACAGAACGAAACACCAUUUCAGUAG